AAACGAUCGUCAGUACAUAUUUGAAUACUUCGACAUGAUGACAAGUACUCGACGUUGACUGUGAAUCGAAUUUGGAAUCGUCACGUAAUUAAGAGGAAAAUCUUACGAUGGAGAAGCUCUGUUUCUGUCUUCUCUUACAAUUAUGCGUGUUCGUUGUGGCAGAAAAGAGUAUUUUGGACAGCUCGGCUAUAAGAAGUCCGUAUCGUGCAUAUCGUAGAUAUUUAGCGAAUAACUAUGAUGGUAGGUCUGCCGAAGUUCCCGAGUCAGUUCAUCGCCUGAGGCCAGGAGACAUAGAUGUCAUUGCCGCGAUGGGCGAUUCUUUGAUAGCCGGCUUUGGAAUGACCUCGGUCAACAUUUUGGAUUUAGCGGUGGAAAACAGGGGCAUAGUGGCGACUAUCGGCGGUCAAGCCACUUGGCGGAAAUACCUCACGCUCCCGAACAUUUUAAAAGAAUACAAUCCGAACUUAAUAGGGUAUGCAUACGACGAUUCUAUAAGUAUUGAUCCAGCCGCGGGAUUAAAUGUUGCCGAAACUGGCGCGAUGUCUAGAGAUAUGCCUUACAUGGCGCGACAUUUGGUGAAUAAAAUGAGAAACGAUUCGAGUAUAGAUGUGAACAAACAUUGGAAGUUGAUUACGUUGAUGAUUGGAUGCAAUGACUUUUGUGGGAAUAUGUGUACAGCUCCAUGUCCGUGGUCUAUAUUAAAAAGUCACAGAAACGACCUAAUUAGUGCUCUUAGAAUACUUAGGGACAAUUUACCAAGGACUCUCGUCUUUCUUGCAACACCGCCUCACAUGAAAGAAGCUGUUGCUACACGCAAAGGAAGGGACAGCAUGUGGACAUGCUACCUCUCUUCUAUGAUAUUUUGUCCAUGUAUGUUUGCUUCGAAAUAUGCGGAUCAAAGAUCAAUAUACUAUGAAGUAAUAGAAAGGUGGCAAUAUAUGGAAGAGGAAAUUACUAAUUAUCCAGAGUUCAAUACAAAUGACUUCACUAUAGUAUUUGUACCAGUUCUUAAACAUACGACUAUACCGCUGGCCGAGGACAACCUCGUUGAUUUAUCGUAUUUCGCUAACGAUUACUUUCAUUUUAACCAGAGAGCUCAUGCAAUAAUUGCAAACAAUUUGUGGAACAAUAUGUUGGAACCAAUCGGUAACAAGAGCGAAGCUUGCCAAUUUAACACAUUUGAGAAGUUCCUAUGCCCUACGUCGGAAAGACCGUUCUUGGUUACGCGUGGAAAUUCAGAGACUUGAGAUUUGAGAGGAUUUAAGUGUGAGACGUACCUUUAGCUUGC